GCAAACGUGACAUAAAUGGUGUUGUGGGACUAUGAUGGUCAAAGUAAAAACGAGUUCUCAUAUGGGAGAAAAUAUUUCAUCAACAGUUCCAACCAGACAUGGACUGAGGCUCAAAGACAAUGUCAGGAAUCUACUGGUAACCUAGCAACUGUUUACAGUUUAUCUACUAUAGGGAGUCUCAAUCUAUCGGGGGAUUCGAUGUUCUGGGUUGGCUUGCGUCAGCGGAGUCCCAACAUUUGGACAUGGACUGAUGGGACAGAGAAAGACUGGGAUAAUUGGAAUGGUGAACUACCAGUUAUAACUGAUAUUGAAAUGUCCUGUGUAGCUUCGGUUUUCAAGCACCCUAAUAAUUGGUUUCCAUUAAACUGUUCCAGCAAACUUCCUUCACUUUGUGAAAUCAAACAAGGCGGCUGUAUUUACCAGGUGAUAUAUGGAGCGAGUCUGAUAUCUCACAAUAGGCAGCUUAUAGAGCAAGUAAGCGUGGAGGACUGUAAAGAACACUGUAAUUCCGCCACUGAUUUCAUCUGCCGAAGUUUUGAAUAUCGUCCGUCUGGACAAUUCUGUCAACUGAGUGACGUCAGUAGAAAUUUAAAGCCUGCCUCAUUCAUAGCAUACGACCCAAGUUGGAAUUACUAUCAGAGAAAUUGUAAUACAGGUACAAUAUUGAACACAAGUUCUGUGACGUCAAGUAGUAUAUUACCAACCCCAUCAUCUAUUUAUAGUAGCAUAGACGAUACAAGUUCCUUCUUCCUUUCAUCUCAGUAUACCUCAUCAUCAUAUGACGUCACUUCUAUGUAUGACGUAACCUCAAUAUAUGACGUCACUUCAUCUCCUGAAUUCAUAUCGUCAUCUUUUGACGUCAUUUCUUCGUCAUUUGACGUCAUCACCUCAACGAAUAUAAUAUCAUCUUCCGAAUGGAAUAACAUUUUAACAAUAUGUACAGAAAUAGAAUUAUCAUCGAAACCACCCAAUGAAUCGUACGUACCAGAAGAAGUAAGAGAACUUCAAGAACUGGAAACAGUUUAUAAAGAAAGGAAAUCGAUCUUAAAGAAAACCAGCGUUUCGGAUCCGCGACCUUCUUCAACGUAUGUUGGAUCAACGGCUGUGAUCGUUGCGUUUUCACUCGUAGGUUUAAUAGUGUUAGUUGACAUUAUCACAUUCCCCACUCAUUUGAGAACAGUUCGGAGACAUAAUGACCUCGCAAACAGACGCCGGAGUCGUAAAAAGCGGGAGAAAAAGCUGAAAAAAGAGUUAGAAAAAUUAGAAUCUAGUUCCUUAGUGAUGAGGCCGGGUGUUAGUGGGAACUCUUCCGUUCAGAAUGGUGGUAACGGAAUUUUAGCGUCCAGACGAAACUUGAUCAAUUCUAUUCAGUCAGAGCACAUUAUAGAAGCAGACAUUCAGGGGGCGCAACUCAGCAUGGAGGACAGUGGUUUUGUCGGUUGGGAUGACAUCGAACUUUAUGUAGCAGACAAUUCAAAAAAUAGUACUAAUUGUGAUAAUCCGUCGGGUUCUGCUAUAGUAACGUCAGAAGAAUCAGAUAUAACAAGGGGAGAUAAUUGGACGUUAAGACAAUAUCAAAGAGAUUCUACCAAGUCAUUAAGUUAUAUUUAUGAUGGAAAUGGUCUAAUAUCCACUAAGUUGUAAAUGGAUUAUUUAAAAGCUUGUAAUUGUUCAAUAAGAGAAAUAUAUAUUUAC